AUGGAUGUGCUUUAUGGAGUAGCUGGAAGAGACUAUGUUGUGCUGGCGUGCGAUACAAUGUAUAGAAAUAACGUGCUUGUGCCCAAGAACGACUAUAAAAAGUAUGUGGACAUCUGCGGCAAAUCCGCCGUGAUAUCCGGAGGGAAGCAGGGGGACUGCUCCAGAGUGGUUCAAGGCGUGCUCGAAGGGCUGAGGUAUGAGAGCAUCGCAAACGGCUUGGAAAUAAGCGAGAAGGUCUUUGCAAACGCAUUGCAGAUGGAAAUAUACGGGCGGCUGCGCAAGGCGCCGGUUGAGGUCUGCUCUAUUAUCGGAGGCAUGUCAGAGGGAAGCGGGCGCCUGUACAUGGUUGAUCAGUAUGGCGCAUGCUCGUCGUACAAGCACAUGGCGUAUGGGUAUGGAGCGCCCUUUUUCAUCACGUGCAUGAAGAAGCGGCACACAGAGGACACAAGCGCCGAGGAAACCAUAGAAAUAAUAAAGGAGGUUUACGAGGGCGUAAAGAGAAAGCUUGUUCUUAAUUACGGGAGCAUGUAUUUCUACAUAAUCACAAAGGAGGGCACGCAGCGUAUUGAGGAAUAG